AUGACCAUAUCUAAAAUGUGGACUAAACACUUAAAUAGCGGCUCAAGAAAGACGUGGCAAACGAGCUAUGAUUACAUAGUUGUCGGCGCCGGCGGUGCCGGUGCUGUAGUGGCCGCCAGACUGUCGGAAAAUCCCAACAUUAAUGUAUUGCUGUUAGAGGCGGGCGGACCCGAGACUGUGAUUACCGACAUUCCGGCCAAUUAUUUCUCAAUCACCGGUAAUCUGGAGUUUGAUUGGAAUUAUCCGCUCGUAGACCAGCCAAACAUAGCCCGCGCCUACACUCAGCCCAUCCACAUGUCUGUCGGCAAAGUAUUGGGCGGUUCGUCGACGUUAAGCGGAAUGGUUUACAACAGAGGAAACCGAAACCAUUUUGAUGAAUGGGCGACAAAGUAUGGCUGUUUUGGUUGGAAUUACGACAAUAUUCUUCAGUAUUUUCUGAGGGCUGAGAAUAACACGGAUUCCGCUUAUUUGGCAAAGAAUUCAAGAUUUCACAGCAGUUCCGGUGCGAUGACAGUGUCCAGCGAUUGGUCUCAUCUCAACGCUUUGCCCAUCUUUAAGGCAUUCCUCGACACUGCAGUUAUGGCUGGAUAUCCAACCGUUGACGUCAAUGGACCGACACAAUUGGGCUGUUGUAAUAAAGUCGUGUGGGCUCGACACCGAAGUUUCUAUAACAAUAGUGGUUUGAAUGCGAGAGGAAUUGUAUUUACAAGAAAUGGCAUUCAAUAUACAGUUAACGCCAAUCGCGAGGUUAUAUUAUCUGCCGGUGCCAUCGGUUCCGCUAAACUACUAAUGCUGUCAGGAAUCGGACACAAAGACCACUUAAAUAGCCUAAACAUACCGGUGGUGUCAGACCUGCCGGUGGGCGACAAUUUCCACGAUCACACCUCAGUUGUCCUUUACUAUGAUAUCUUAAAUCAGAGCCAAUCGUAUGAGUUCGUAGAGCUGACGGUCCAAAACCUAUAUGAAUAUUAUGUCAAUAAUGCGGGCGCUCUGACAAUGUUCCCAAACGCGGCCACAUAUCAGGUCACACCCGUCAACAACCAGCCCGACUGGCCCGACAUUAUGACUGAAAUGACCCGCAGUAAUAACAUGUGGUAUACUUUGCCGGACAUCGUUAGACAAUACGGAUCCCACGUUAAAGAAUGGGAAGAGUUUUGGAAACCAUAUGUCGGUCGACGGCUUUUGUUAAUGUACAAUCAAAUGGUGAGACCACGAGCUCGCGGCACAGUUAGGCUCGCCUCCAGUGACCCAAAUGCGCUGCCAAUUGUGGACCCAAACUAUUUGGGCGACUCGUAUGAUAUGGACUCUACCGUCAAUGGUAUCAGAAAUAUGAUAACUCGCAUCUCAACAGUUGGUCCGUUCGCCGCACAGACCCGCCGAAUAACCACAACAGUUCCCGGAUGUGUCAAAUGCGCCGGCGAUGACACUUGCGAUUCAUACCUCAGGUGUUUAGUGAGACAAACAGCGCAAGCAGUCUAUAGACACGUCGGGAGCUGUCGGUGCGGUUCGGCCAACGAUAGCAAAGCUGUGGUCGAUGAGAGACUACGAGUGAUAAACGUGAGGGGACUUCGAGUGGUGGACGCGUCUAUAAUGCCUCAAGUGGUUAACGCCAACCAUUUGCCCGCAACUGUUAUGGUCGCUGAAUACGGAUCACAAAUGAUUAGAGACGACCAAAUGUGA